AUGUCACACAUCCAGAACUUCACAGAUGCUAGUUCGCUAGAACCUCACUGGGGUUAUGCUAGCCGUGUAGUCCCAUGCACCAACGACCCUGGAUCUUGCAAAUACCUUGAUGUCGUCUAUCAUUCUCACGACUUGGGUAUGCUAUACUCUGGCAUUUUCUGGGCGACUGUUACUGGCAUUUUGUUCAUUUGGACAAUGGGUCGUCGCUUGUUCCCAUCACGGCGUGCAGAUGAAGAAGUUCUCGUACCUACGCGAGCAUCUCCGUCACGAGGUGGCAUUGAACGACUUCAACGUGCUGUUUCAUCACACGCUCGCCGCUAUCUCCUUCCCGACUUCGCACGACCGAUCUUCGGACGUACUACACGAUUGCAAGUGCUUAUCUUGCUAAUACUCACGGGAUACCUCGCCGUCUGGUCAUUCGUGGGGAUCCUCUAUGGCAAAUGGGUUACCCCUGUGAAGAAGAUGCCUGGUGUCUACAGCACUCGCACCAGUCUUGGUCCUUGGGCAGACCGGAUUGGCAUACUCGCAUAUGCCUUGACGCCCUUGUCGAUCCUUCUCUCGAGCCGCGAGUCGAUCCUCUCGCUUCUUACCGGGCUGCCAUACCAGAGCUUCAACUUCUUGCACCGAUGGCUGGGAUACAUCAUUGUUGUGCAGUCGUCUCUUCACACAAUUGGGUGGUGUGUCAUUGAGGCAAGACUUUAUCAACCCCAGCCUACAGUCGGUCAUGCAUGGAUCAAACAACUCUACAUGAUCUGGGGCUGUAUCGCUAUGAUCCUGUUGUUUCUUCUCUUCGCUCUUAGCACACCUUGGGCCAUUCGUCUGACUGGUUACGAGUUCUUCCGCAAGUCUCACUACAUCUUGGCUAUGGUAUACAUCGGUGCAUGCAUUGGCCACUGGGACAAAUUGUCUUGCUAUCUUAUUCCUGCGCUGAUCGUAUGGUUUCUCGACCGUGGCGCUCGUCUUGUACGUACUGCCAUUUUGCACUACACCGUUCUACCAGGGGGUGAGGUGGCCUUCGGUCCUGCUAAGGCUUCAACUACCCUCUUCUCUGACCCCAAUGGCGACGUCGUUCGUCUUGAUUUUGUACACCCGCACGAUGCAUGGGCUAUCGGCCAACACUUCUACCUCUGCUUUCCAGAAAGCAGUGUUUGGCAAUCACAUCCUUUCACUCCCCUCAGCCUUCCCAUCCACGAUGAUCUGAACUGUGGUGUGCAGCACUCUUACAUUUUCCGUGCUAAGAGCGGCGAGACGAAGAAGGUUGCUCAGCUGGCGGCCAAGAAGUUGCAGCAGGCUGGCGGAGUGACUCCUCUGACCUCUGUCAUUUUGACUGGGCCUUAUGGCGAGGCGAUUACCACGCACCUCACACAGGAUGUUAACAUACUCUGCAUUGCUGGAGGUACAGGCAUCACAUACGUACUCCCCGUCAUCCUUGGCCUUGCACAGCAACCUCGCUCUGUGAAGAGGAAAGUCACACUUAUCUGGGCAAUUCGCCAGAAGGCAGAUAUCGCAUGGGUGCAGCCAGAACUUGAUCGCGUCAGACAGCUUGCCAAGUCAAUCGACCUGACCAUCCGUAUAUACGUUACACGAGAAGCCGAAGGCCAAACUAACAUUUCCGAGAAAGUCGAUUACACACAAGACUUCAAGUCAGUCUCUGAACCUAUUGUCAAAUUUGCGUCCGAUCAGACACCCGACUCGUCAUCUGCUGCUUCGACUUCGGCGGCAUACCCUUGUUGUGGUCCGCCCUCUGAUUCAUUCGCAAUCCAGAAGACCGCAAUCCCAGCGUCUGAUCCAAGAGAUCAGCCUCUCCACAGACAUCCCGACCUGAGUGUUCUCGUCAAGGACUUCAUUGAAGAGACAAUUUGUGGUAGGACGACUGUGUAUGCCAGCGGUCCUGGACGCAUGAUCUCAGAGCUAAGAAGCAUCGUAGCAGAGACCAAUGACGGGUCAAAAGUGUGGAAGGCGGAUGAACGGUAUGAUGUUGAUCUUGUCUGCGACGAUAGAUUAGAAUGGUAG